UUUCUUUUUUGGUUGGGUCCUGCUGUGUGCCAACGAGGUACAAGGAUGAUUACACAAAAAAGUCCGUCUUCGUUCUUAGUUCUUUCCUCUCCUUCCUGCUGCCUUUUCUCCAUUUUCAUCCCGACUUUUCCUAACUCUCUCCCGUCAAUCGCUUCAGCUCAAAACCUACAUUACAGAUUUGCUCUGCAACUUGACAUUAAAGCUAUAUAUCUUUGAAAAAGGAGAGGUUUCUGAUGGGUUUAGUAAGCAUAGAAACUAAGGGGAGCGGGAAGUUUGGUAUUGGGUUCAUUUUGGUUCAGGAGUUGUGGGUUUUGCUCAACUUCCACUGAAACAACUAGGAAUGAUUAUUUGGGAAUUGGAUAUUAGUAAUCACUGUGUCUGCCAGUGCCACUCAUGUUUGGGAUUCGGAGGCUACGAUGGUUUAUGGGUCUGAAUCAGAGGAAUAUGUCGACCAAAAGGUUGCCCAGUGUCGAGCAACGUGGUCCUGCAAGAGCAAAUCUACUGUCUAUGAUGGAUGCUGUUCAUGAAGUUGCUAUUUACAUUCAUAGGUUUCAUAAUCUAGACCUUUUCGAACAAGGGUGGUACAAAAUCAAGGUUACUUUGAGAUGGGAGGAUGGCGAUGACUCCUAUCCUGGGAUUCCGGCACGGGUGGUUCAGUAUGAAGCUCCUGAAGUGGGUUAUGACAAUUUAUGUACAGUUUGGAAAAUAGAUGAUGCAGACAACAGUUUUUCAACACCACCAUUUCGAAUCAAAUAUGCAAGGCAGGAUGUGGUUCUUUCUAUUAUGAUCUCAUUCUAUCUUUCUUUUGCAGGACAUGAGGCAAAAUCGUCUGCUGUUAUCAUGAAGUUUGAGCUUAUGCAGGCCCUUACAUCUGAUAUUGGAGCUGAGAUGCAGGCGUUUCCAGAUGCUUAUUCUGCUUCAGUUCAUGAGUAUAGAAUUCCCCCUAAAGCUCUUCUCGGGUUACAUUCAUAUUGUCCUGUCCAUUUUGAUGUUUCACAUGCUGUCCUUGUUGAUACAAGUGUUCAUGUCAGUUUGCAAAAAGCUAGCUAUCACACAAGCCGACUGAAGGUACCCAGUGAUUAUGGGUCUUCUGAAGGUGCUCAUGAGGAAAAUUCUAUUAAGUCAAACAAGGCUAAGCUCAUCAAAGCAUUAAUGGCUGCCCAUGAUAUCCUCCUUGAAGAUCUGAGAAGGUUAAGCGAAGGAAUCAACCAAGCUAUUGAUCUUACUGGGAUGGAUCCCACAAUUGACCGUACAAAAUUUGCUAAUUCUUCUCCACUGGUACAUUUAGACGUUACUGACAGUAGGUUUUCACAGCAACUGUCUACCAGCUCAGAAGGCAGUGCUGAGUCUUUAUCUUGGGACGAUCUGUUAAAUUCUUAUCAGUCUCUGGGAAAUCAGCUCUUACAGCUGUGGAACACGUUUCUGAAAUUUCACAGGGAAAAUAAAACAAUGAUACUCGAAUUUCUACGUCAUUCAUGGGCUAUUGAUCGAAGAUCUGAAUGGUCAAUAUGGAUGGUACACUCCAUAUCUGAGAUGCCCCAUCAGAGUUUGAGUAGCAGAGUUGAAGGAACAAUAAUGCGCUGGGGCACACAUGGAAGAUCUUUAAAUCCGAGGAAGUUAACUGAUGAUCCUUCUCAGACUGCAACAAUGCGUGCUGAACUUCAUAGACGAGGAAUAGCACAAAUGAAGAUCAACAAUAGGUCACUUCAAGACAUGUAUAUAUUCGAGGAUCCUUUGCGCAUUCCUAUUAUUAUUAUAGAACGGAUGGCAAAUAUGGAUCAUUCUCCAAGUGUAAAUUCUUACUUCAAUCCGUUGGAGGCAAAAGCAAAUCUUAUCUUGGAAAACGGAUCUAGAGGCACAAACAAGUCUGGGAGUAGCCCACAACGAAAUGGGCAAGUUUUGAGAGUAGUUGUUUUUGUGCAUGGAUUUCAGGGACAUCAUUUGGAUUUACGGCUUGUGCGGAACCAAUGGCUGCUGAUAGAUCCCAAGAUACAAUUCCUUAUGUCAGAGGCUAAUGAAGACAAAACAUCUGGAGACUUCAGAGAAAUGGGUUUACGACUUGCAGAGGAGGUGGUCUCUUUCGUCAAAAGGAAGAUGGAUAAAUUUUCAAGAAGUGGACACCUGAAAGAUAUCAAGCUUAGCUUUGUUGGCCAUUCUAUUGGAAAUCUCAUUAUCAGGACUGCUUUAGCAGAGAGCAUCAUGGAGCCAUAUUUAAGAUACCUGUAUACAUAUGUUUCAAUAUCGGGUCCUCACCUGGGUUAUAUGUAUAGUUCAAACUCUGUGUUCAAUUCAGGGUUGUGGCUCUUGAAGAAGCUGAAGGACAUACAAUGCAUCCAUCAGCUGACAUUUACAGAUGAUCCUGAUCUUGAAAACACCUUCAUCUACAAUCUUUCCAAGAAGAAGACACUGGUGAACUUCAGGAAUAUAAUACUUUUGUCCUCACCUCAGGAUGGUUAUGUCCCCUACCAUUCUGCCAGAAUUGAACAUUGUCCAUCAGCUUCCUUGGAUUACUCUAAAAAAGGGAAAGUCUUCCAUGAGAUGCUAAAUAAUUGCUUGCACCAAAUUAAUGCCCUCACCGACCAUGGUGUGGUCAUGCGCUGUGACAUCAACUUCAAUACCUCCUCAUACGGCAAGAACUUAAACACACUCAUUGGGCGGGCUGCUCAUAUAGAGUUCUUGGAGUCUGACAUUUUUGCUAAGUUCAUAAUGUGGUCUUUUCCCGAGCUCUUCACUUAGUCUUGCAGAAAUCUACAUGGAAGUCUCUCAACUCAGUUCAUUUUGAAAAUUGGCGAAGGUUUUUGGCACAAGAUUUCUGCACCUGUAUAACUGAUUCCUCCAUUGGAAUCAAGAAAAUUUCAUGGGUGCCAAGUUCAACUCCUUUGAAGGUCGAAACUCCUCCAGGUGGGUAUAGUAGGACAAAAAUUGGUGGAUCCUUUCCAACCUUUGGCCAAAUUUUGCUCCAUUUUUCUUUCACAAGAGCAUAUAGUAGAGCCAUUGAAUUUUUAUGGGACCUUGGCCUGUGAAUUACUUACUGUUCUGUUUUAUAUAUUUUCUCGCUCAAUGUCCAAGAUAGGGAUGCACCUUUUAUGCUAGUAGUCUCUACUGGGCUCUGCUAAAGGACCUGAUUAUUAAGGGUUUGCAGUGUUGCUUAGUCAGGCAUGUUGUAUUACUUGGUGUACAAGUAACAGGAGCAUAGGUGUACAAUAUCUGUUGUGAGUUUAUAGAAGGUGUCAGCUCAGUAGGCUUAGAACCUAGAAAAAAUGUACAUUCUCAGUUGGAAUUCGAUGAAUUUCCAAUAAAGUUACUGUCUAUUUUAUUUAGAAAA